UACUGCUAAUGUCAUUCAGCCGUGUCUGUCUGUCUCGAGUGUAUAUGUGUAUGUGUACAAUUUGUUCUACUACUUUCGGUUUUUUAAAACAGUCCAGAAUCAGUUCUUUAUUUAGGGACUUUGCUAGGUUGGAGCUUAUGUUUUUAUUACAGGGCCAUCGGGAGACUUCUCUCCUACAGCUAAUUUCAAAGUAUUAGAAAACAAAUUUCGAAAAUGAAUUCAAACGGAAAGAAUGCCGAAGAAACUGACUGGAGUGAUGGAGGGAUUCCGGCUGUCUUGCAGGCAUCAACAGAGACUAGCUUGAAAUUUGCUUGCUUAGUGAGGUUUAUAGAAGCAAGCCAUGUCUCUCGCAAAGAAAUCCUUGAAUCCGUCCUUUACCUGUUAGUUGGUGGCGAGUUCGACAUGGAGCUCAACUUCGUAAUCCAUGAUGGUGAAUCUGUUGUGCACAUGCUCGCCUUUCUUGACAACUGCCCUUGCAAUUUGCAGGCGGAAAUAUGGAGCAUAUUCAUCGCCAUUCUAAGGAAAAGUGUCCGGAAUUUACAAGCCUGCACUGAAGUUGGACUUAUUCGGCCAGUUCUGGCACGUUUAAAAACAGCCGAGCCCAUUGUUGCUGAUCUCCUCGUCGAAGUGUUGGGUGUAUUGAGCAGCUACAGCAUCCGAGUGACUGAAUUGAAAUUACUGUUUCGAGCUAUGCGGGCAGAAAAUGGUCGUUGGCCACGUCAUUCAGUAAAAUUACUUCAUGUCCUAAGGCAAAUGCCGCUGCGUAGCGGACCGGAAGUUUUUAUAACAUUCCCAGGAAACAAAGGAUCGGCUCUAGUGUUGCCUCCCAUGGCCAAGUGGCCACAAGAAAACGGCUUCACAUUCACCACCUGGUUUCGGUUAGAUCCUGUCAAUGCUGUCAACAUUGAGAGAGAGAAGCCAUACCUGUACUGCUUCCGGACUAGCAAAGGGUUGGGUUACUCGGCCCACUUUGUUGGUAGCUGUCUCGUAUUGACAUCAACUAAAGUGAAGGGAAAAGGGUUCCAGCACUGCGUCCAAUACGAAUUCCAACCGCGACGAUGGUACAUGUUGGCCGUGGUUUACAUUUACAAUCGAUGGACCAAGAGCGAGAUCAAGUGUUUUGUCAAUGGCCAACUCGCCUCUUCUACUGAAAUGACGUGGUCCAUCUCCACAGGAGAAGCCUGGGACAAGUGCCACAUUGGUGCCACUCCAGAAUUAGACGAUGACCGCCUUUUCUGUGGUCAAAUGGCAGCUGUCUACCUUUUUAGCGAAGCACUCUCUGCUCACCAGGUCUGCGCUAUGCACCGACUCGGGCCAGGCUAUAAAAGCCAAUUCCGUUUUGAAAACGAGACCCCGGUACACCUUCCAGAAAAUCAUCGACGCGUAUUAUACGAUGGAAAGUUAGCCAAUGCCAUUGUUUUUAUGUACAAUGCAGUUGCUACUGACGGGCAACUUUGUUUACAAUCGGCCCCCAAAGGCAACCAAUCUUACUUCGUCCAUACUCCACACGCCCUCAUGUUGUCUGGUGUACAAGCUGUCAUCACGAAUUCGGUUCACAACACGCUCAACUCCAUCGGCGGCGUUCAACUCCUCUUCCCACUCUUCACGCAACUGGACCUGCCCGUCGAGGACUCUGUCCCCACUGGUGACGGUAAAAAGGAUGGCUCGGAGAGUCAAGAUGAUCGGGAUUACACAGUUUGCAGUAAACUAGUGGCGUUUCUUUGCGAGCUGAUUGAAAGUUCGCCCACCGUCCAACAGCAAAUGAUGCAGAACCGUGGAUUUCUAGUGGUGAGCCACCUGCUGCAACGUUUGUCACGCAACCACCUGACGCUGGAUGUUCUCAAUGCCUUUUUGAACUUGACCAAGUUCUUGGUCACCUCUCCAUCGCCCAAUGCCGAUAUCCUUUUGAAACAACUGUUGGAUCACGUCCUUUUCAAUCCGUCACUCUGGAUUUAUGCGACGACUGAAGUACAGACGCGGCUCUAUUCCUAUUUGGCCACCGAUUUCGUCCACGAUACGCACAUUUAUACGACGGUCCGGAGGGUCUCGACAGUUCUUCAAACAGUCCAUACGCUCAAGUAUUAUUAUUGGGUCGUCAACCCGCGAUCGUCCUCCGGCAUCACGCCGAAGGGCUUGGAUGGAAUACGACCGUCGCAGAAAGACGUGCUGACUAUCCGUGCAUUGAUUCUGCUCUUCUUGAAACAACUGACCAUGAUGGGAGAUGGAAGUAAAGAGGAUGAACUUCAGAGUAUCCUCAACUACUUGACAACUAUGAAUGAGGACGAAAACAUCCAAGACGUAUUGCAGUUAUUAACGGCUUUGUUAGCUGAAUUUCCAGCUGCCAUGGUGCCAGCGUUUGAUGCCAAGCAGGGCGUGAGGGCAGUCUUCAAAUUGGUUGGUUCACCCAGCCAGUCGACCAGGUUGAUGGCCUUAAAAAUUCUAGGUUUCUUUUUGGCUCGAUCGACGCACAAGCGCAAGUACGACGUCAUGACGCCGCACAAUUUACACAUGCUGCUAGCCGACCGGCUUUCGAUUCAUGAAGAUUGCCUCUCGUUGCCAACCUACAACGUUCUUUAUGAAAUCCUCACCGAACAAGUGACACAGCAGAUACUACGCGUACGCCAUUCAGAACCAGAGUCUCACGUAAGACUGGAAAACCCGAUGAUUUUAAAAGUGAUGGCUACUCUGAUCCGGCAAUCGAAGCCUUCCGAAUCCUUGAUGGAAAUCAAAAAAAUCUUUCUGACAGACAUGGCGUUUUUGUGCAAUAACAAUCGGGAAAAUCGUCGUACAGUCUUGCAAAUGUCGGUGUGGCAGGAGUGGCUUAUCUCCAUGGCUUACAUUGUGCCUCGAACGGCCGAAGAACAUUUGAUAUCCGACAUGGUCUAUUCGCUCUUCCGCACACUGCUUCAUCACGCCAUCAAAUACGAAUACGGAGGUUGGCGUGUCUGGGUCGACACAUUGGCCAUUGUUCAUUCCAAGGUUUCUUUUGAGGAAUUCAAACUCCAGUUUGCCGAUAUGUACGCCCAUUAUGAGCGUCAUCGAAGUGAUCACAUAACCGAUCCUGAUCUUCGUCAGCAACGACCAGUAAGCACGAUUUCAGGACAAAGAGAAUCGGCAGUUUUAGCUUCAAAGGUCACCCCUUAUCCGGAUAUGGUGUCGCCCGCCCCCAUUGUGGAAGUGCAUGACAACGCCAGUCCAAUCGAUCCUCCGACCGAAUGUAAUGAACGUGUCACUUUGUCAUCACAAGGUGAAAAAGAAAUGGAAAAGGAAAAUCAAUCCAAUCGAACUUUUUCCGAAGAUUUUCCGGCGUCGGCAGACGAGCAAGUCGUCACCAUAGCGGAAUCAACGACGCAGAAGGAGGAAAUUGUCGUGCCUGUUCAACCGGAAGACACCGAAGGCGUUGUGCAGAGCCACGAAUCUCUUGUCGAUCCGAACGAAGAGGUGGGAUCUGAUAGCAUGGAUCAAGAAAUCAAUGAAAUUCGUGGGGAAAUGGAGGAACGAACACAUCCAGAUAAACCAUUGGUUCCUGGAGUUAGCGAUGAAGACAGUGAUAAUGUUACCAUGGAGAUUCCUGUGAAUGGUGGAAGUCCAAUUAAAUUUACCGAGUUGAACGGUGGAUCGGGAGAUGAAGAAGACAAAGAGCUCGACUCUGCUAUUGUUACUAAAAUGGAAGAAAAACUUAAUCUGAAAGCAACCGUAGAAAAAGAUGCAUCAGAUGAUGAAAGCAAAGAACUGGAAAAUUCGAUCGUUGGCGAAAUGGAAGAGAAACAGGAUCCUAAAACAGACGACAGUGGCGACACGCCCACGACUCAAUUAAGUGAAGAAGUGGAUGGCAACGAAGAAAAGCCAGAGCCGGAAUUGACAGAACAACAGGAAUCUGUGCCAGAAAUAGUGGAACAGAAGCCUUUGCAGACUGUAUCAGGAGCGCUGGAUUUGCAACUAGAAGAUGAUGGAGAAGGAGAGAGUAUGACUAGUUCCAUGGAGUCCCACAGUGCACGCAUUCAGGACCAACCGGCUGCUUCCGAACCCGCCCAAGAACAGCCAACCGCUGCAGUCAAGGAUGAAGGAGCAGUUGCCAACGAAAAUCACCAGAAGGAAGAAAGUAAAGAAACUCAUUUGUCUCCGGAAAAAUCGCGUGAACCGUCGCCAAAGAAGCAGAACAAGAAAGAAGUUGGUCGAAGUAAAACGUCGCAGACAUUCAGUCCAGGUCCUUCUCGGCCUCCGUUCCGCAUCCCGGAAUUCCGAUGGUCAUAUGUCCAUCAGCGAUUACUAUCUGACUUGCUCGGGUCCAUUGAAGCUGAUUUGCACACAUGGAGAAAUCAUAGCACCAAGUCGGUGCUAGAAUUUGUCAACAGCGGAGAGAGCGCCAUAUUCGUCGUCAACGCCGUCCAUUUGAUAUCGCAAUUGUCGGAUAAUUUGAUUAUCGCUUGCGGUGGAUUACUGCCUUUACUGGCUUCAGCUACUUCUCCUCACAGCGAGCUGGAUAUUGUCGAGCCAACUCAAGGGCUCCCUGUUGAAGUUGCCGUCAGCUUCCUUCAGCGCCUGUCAGCCAUGGCCGACCUUCUCGUCUUCGCCUCUUCCAUCAACUUGUCAGAGUUGGAGUCGGAAAAGAAUAUGGCGACAGGAGGAGUACUCCGUCAGUGCCUGCGCUUGGUGUGUACUUGUGCUGUCCGCAAUUGUUUGGAGUGCAAGGAACGCACUCGAUUGGGUAGCUGGCUUCGCUGUAACGAGGAAUCGAGUUUGUCUCCCAGAGCGUCUCAUUUGGUAUCGCUCAUUAAGGGAGCUCACAGUCACUUCAAGCUUCACUCCCAGUCUGCGGAUGGCGAAGAUUUGCCGACUUUCGGUGGUCCAAUUCGCGACGUCGACCGAUUGCUGCAAGACUUGGACGUGAACCGAUUGAGGGCCGUCAUUUACCGAGACGUGGAAGAGACCAAACAAGCCCAGUUCCUUUCUUUGGCUAUCGUUUAUUUCGUUUCGGUCCUCAUGGUCUCCAAGUACCGUGACAUUUUAGAACCACCCUCUACUGGAUUCAACAGCCCAGGCGCCCUCCAUGAACCGGCUUCAUGCCACAUGCGUGGCUCGAGCCGUGAAUGGACUCACGCCCAUGGCCGGCCAUCCCACCCUCAUCAUCAGCAACCUGUGUCGAAUCAUCAGCACUCUCAGACGUCUGUGCGCGUCAAGAACCACGUGUACGGACCAGAACCGCUUCCAUGGCAACAAUCCUCCGCCAUGGGCCACAAUGGUAACGGAGUCUUGACACCGGAUGAAGAGCAUGCGGCCGAGGACGGAAGGGGCGGAGAAGAGGAAGUCAUUGAAAUCGACGAAAUGAACUCAUCCGUCAUUGCAGAGCGCCGUUCUGAAUCCAGUUAUAAAUCCGAGAAACCUUCUACCAAGUCUGCGACUGCUUCUAACCCAAUCUUAUCCAAUAACCGAGAUAAUGCUACAACUAAUUCUCCUGCUUCUAAGAACGAAGGAGACAGCGUGUCGAUAAGAAGCGGAAAAGUCGUCCCGACUGAGACCUCUAGGGCGGCAUCUGUCGUCAACGAAGAAGAAACGUCCUGGACUGAUGUGAACCUUGAUGAACAACGGGAAGAUCAACAAAGACCGGCACCUGGAACAAUGAAUGUUAGCGGACAGGCUAUGGUUGGCCGAGGUAACCAUCAGGGCGCAGGAUCUUCUGUCGAAUCGGUUUUGAGACCCUUUAACGUUCCAGCACUCAACAGUAGUUCGUUGGUAACAAGAGAAGCCUCUCUAACGCAGCAACUCGAAGCCGCUUUAGGAUCAGUUUGCCCACUUUUGCGCGAAAUUAUGGUCGACUUUGCUCCCUUCCUGUCCAAAACUUUGUUGGGAUCGCACGGCCAAGAACUGCUGCUGGAAGGCAAAGGGUUGAUCACUUUCAAACAAAGCCAAUCAGUGGUGGAGCUGGUGAUGUUGCUGUGCUCGCAAGAAUGGCAAAACUCGUUGCAGAAGAACGCCGGGCUUGCCUUCAUCGAGCUAAUCAACGAAGGACGGUUGCUCUCUCACGCCAUGAAGGAUCACAUAGUCCGCGUUGCUAAUGAAGCGGAAUUUAUUCUGAACCGAAUGCGGGCUGAAGACGUGGUCAAGCAUGCGGAUUUCGAGACACAAUGCGCUCAGACUCUUUUGGAGCGCCGUGAAGAAGAAGGCGUCUGUGAUCACAUCAUUAGUGCUGCUCGACGUCGCGACGCCUCGUCGGCAUUGCGUCUGGUUGAUCGCAUAACCAAUAUCAUCGUUUCGAAACAGGGUGCCUGGGCUUCAUCAUCGCCCGACGGCGAUGGCGCCCCGUCGGCCCCUCUUGAAUUUUGGCGGCUGGACGCCUGGGAAGAUGAUUCCCGCCGGCGGAAGCGUAUGAUUCGCAAUCCGUUGGGUUCCACCCAUCCGGAAGCUACAUUGAAAGCCGCCCUGGAACAUGGCGCCUCUGAGGCGACUGUCCUCCAGGCCGAAGAAGCCCUACACGCCCAAAUAGCCAAAAGCAAACCUAAUUUGGCUCCGCUCCAGUCCUCUGACUUGCUGGACGAUGCUGAGCUUCUGGCUGAAGAUCGAGAGCUGGAUGCUGAACUAACUGGUCCCGUCAAUUUGAGUAGUCGUGCCAAACUCAUUGCACCAGGCCUCGUAGCGCCCGGUACACUGUCCAUCACAUCAGCUGAACUCUACUUUGAAGUCGACGAGGAAGACGCCGAGUUCCAGAAACACGACCAAGAGGUAUUAAAGUACUGCGAUAAUCUUCAUGGAAAAUGGUAUUUCACGGAGAUACGAGCCAUCUUCACCCGCCGUUAUCUGCUACAGAACGUGGCCAUCGAGAUCUUUUUAGCCAGCCGCACCUCGAUCCUGUUCGCCUUCCCCGACCAAGCCACCGUCAAAAGGAUCAUCAAGGUACUGCCGCCCGUCGGCGUUGGCGUCAAAUACGGCAUCCCGCAAUCACGGCGAGCAUCGAUGAUGUCCUCCCGUCAGCUGAUGCGCUCGUCCAACAUGACGCAGAAAUGGCAGCGCCGGGAGAUCUCCAACUUUGAGUAUCUCAUGUUUCUCAACACCAUCGCAGGACGGACCUAUAACGAUUUGAGCCAGUAUCCGGUCUUUCCCUGGGUUCUGACCAACUACGAUUCCAGCGAGCUGGAUCUGAGCCUGCCCAGCAACUAUCGAGACCUGUCCAAGCCCAUUGGAGCUUUGAAUCCGAGCCGGAAGCAAUACUUUGAAGAGCGUCAUGCCAACUGGGAACACGACAGCAUCCCGCCCUUCCACUACGGCACACAUUACUCGACGUCCGCCUUCGCUCUGAAUUGGCUCUUGCGACUCGAGCCUUAUACGACCCUGUUUCUGAACCUGCAAGGUGGUAAAUUCGACUACCCCAACCGGUUGUUCACUUCCAUGGCGUUGGCUUGGCGCAACUGCCAGCGAGACACUUCAGAUGUCAAAGAGCUGAUUCCCGAGCUGUUUUACCUGCCCGAGUUGCUGGUCAAUGCCAAUCAAUACCAAAUGGGGCAGACGGAGGAUAACGUGACCGUUUCGGACGUGAUUCUACCUCGCUGGGCCAGCAGUCCGGAGGAAUUUAUCCGCAUUCAUCGAAUGGCAUUGGAAUCGGAGAUCGUGUCGUGCCAAUUGCACCAAUGGAUCGAUCUUAUCUUUGGUUACAAACAGAAAGGUCCAGAAGCAGUGCGAGCAACCAAUGUUUUCUAUUACCUGACGUACGAAGGCAGUGUCGAUCUGGAGAGUGUGGCCGAUCCAGUGACGCGAGAGGCCAUUGAGAAUCAAAUUCGAAGUUUUGGCCAAACUCCGUCGCAGUUGUUGAUGGAGCCUCAUCCGCCGCGCAGCUCAGCCAUGCAUUUGUCUCCGCUGAUGUUCAGCUCUGUGACGGAGGAUGUUUGCAUGUCGAUGAAGUUCCUGUCAAACGCGGCCGUCGUUCAUCUGUCUGCCAACACUUAUCCCCAGUUACCUCUGCCCUCUGUCGUCUCCGUCCACGCCAAUUUGCAAUUCGCUCUCAACAGGUGGAACCCAGCCUACGCCGCUUCAGGUAACAAUUCGGGUUAUGCUGACAAUGCCCAAGCCGUCCUCGCCAAUUUGCCCCUCUCUAUGGAUCCCGUCCUAUCUACCGUGACUAGCCAGAGUGGAUUCUUGGCUCGUCGCCAUCUAGGAGACAAUUUUAGCCAAAAAGUGCGGAUGCGUUCCAACUGCUUCAUUACGACAGUUGACAGCCGAUUCUUAAUGGCCUGUGGAUUUUGGGACAACAGCUUCCGAGUUUUCACUACUGACACCGCUAAAAUCGCCCAAAUCGUCUACGGCCAUUUCGGUAUUGUGACGUGCCUCAGCCGCUCUGAGUGCAACAUCACAUCCGACUGCUACAUUGCUUCUGGCUCGGAAGAUUGCACUGUACUUUUGUGGCACUGGAACGCACGGACUCAAACCAUUGUUGGCGAAUCAGCCGAUUGCCCAACUCCCAGGGCGGCCCUUACCGGCCACGAGUCUGCCAUUACCAGCGUAGCAGUGUCAGCCGAAAUGGGUCUUGUCGUCAGUGGCAGUCAGGGUGGGUUGGUUUUGGUUCACACGACUUUUGGAGACUUGCUGCGGUCGCUGGAACCCCGUGAAUCUUACGGCAGUCCGCAGAAUAUUGUCCUGUCGCGCGAGGCCUUGGCUGCUGUCCAUUACCAGAAAGGCAACAUUGUUACAUACACUGUCAACGGCAAAACGAUGCGACAUGUCAACCAUUCUGAUAAUAUCCACUGCGUUGUAUUGACUCGAGACGGGGAGUACUUGGUGACGGCUGGUGAGCGAGGUAUCGUCGAGGUCUGGCGACUCUUCACCCUAGCUCUACUCUAUGCCUAUCCGGCCUUUGAUAGUCCCGUCCGAUCUUUGGCGUUGUCGCACGAUAACAAGUACUUGUUGGCAGGGUUGGCGACGGGAUCGAUCGUCGUUCUAAACGUGGAUUUCAAUAAAUGGCACCACGAGUAUCAGCAACGCUAUUAAGAAGAAGAAACUGGGGUUGGGGGAGAUGCCAUUUGCUUGCGAAUUCCGUUGUUGAGCUCAUUUAAUGUGCCUCGCUCUAACACUUGCGUGGUUUCCUUGGAUGCCAAGUCGAUGCGCUUUGAAAUUGUGUUUGUUUCUGCCCGAAUUUGACGACGAGGUUAUGUCUUGGAAGAUUUCCGGCCAACGUUCUGCCCCCUGUCUCUCUAUUUCUCUCUCUCGCUCGCUCCCUCGUACAUUCCGACGAGACAUCAAUCGAUUCCCUCCCAUCACGUGAAGGUUGUAGCUUCUACUGACUUGUCCUUUCUCUAGCCGUACAUAUAUAGAACUAGUUUUCUCUUAAUUUUCUUUUUAAAUUUGUUUUCGCGUAUGCAAGAUCAAUUUCCUGGGGUGAUUUCAGCAGGUUUAGUAGUUGUUUUAUUUGAUUUAGAUGUCUAGUCACACAGUGCGCUCCGGCCAAUCCAAUAUCCCAUCCCUUUUUGUCUUAUAUACAAAGGAAAGGAAGAGAAAGUGAAGAAACGCGAAUUCAGUCCUCGUUUUAUUCGUGCUGUGUACUGUACUGGCUACUGAAAUUUCCUGUCUUUUUCCUAUAUAUAUUUUCUUCUCUCCCAUGUUAGUGUUCCGCCAAAAGUUUCUGUGUGGGGGUUUGCAAUACACUAGCUCUUUUACUUCA